UGCUGAGCUCUAGUCGCGGAUAGCUACACAGGGAGCGCAGAGGUCAGACCCUGGGGCUGCAGUAAGGGCUAUCACGGCACAGCAGAGUGUUGGUUCCGGGAUGACGUUUCCUAGGGGGAAAGGAAAGGACUGUGCACCAGGCCGGUGACUGAGAGCCACGUCUGAUGGGGAGAGGCCAGUAGGGAGACCAGCAAGAGCCAGGACCGCAGUGACAGUAGACUGUAAUACGGCCUAGGACUGCAUAUUCUCGGGAACAAGUCAAUGUAACGGAUUGUCUUAUUUAUGUGGUGUCGCCUGCAGUCUGUUACAGAUAGUGAUUUGUUUGUGGAAACCACCCCAACAUGUUCAUCCAGUUUCUUACGGGCAUAAACUGAACUCUGUCAGGUCUUCGGAAACCUAACUCUGCAAGUCGUUUCUAAGUCAACAGCAAAAAGACAGGUCUAGUCAUGCAGUCCGUGCCUCACUCCCCUGAUGUUUUUUUUGACUCUGUGGCUGGAAAUGGGAUUUCAGUCAAUCAAAUUGGACUUGCUGAUGCCAAAGUUGAACCAAACAGAAUAAAUGUAUCCAGUAUGAAUUUGGAUGAGUUGCCAAAAGAAUUAGACAGUAUGGAGAUGAACAACGUAGACAUGUGUUGGACUGGACCUCAACCGCACAAUUCAGAACAUGUUUCAUCUACAGACUCUGUCAGAAUGGCAGCACCCCCAGGUGUGGAUGGUUUCAAUGACAACCUAUCGGAAUCUAGUACUGAGUGCCUAGUUCUUAGAAAAGAAGCUUUGCAGUCGUUGAAGCUAAGCCUUCAUAUGCAGGAAACUGACCUGUCCUCUAUUGAUGCUCCCCUUCCACUUGAGCGAGAGGAGCAAAUCCGUAUUCAGGCAAGGCGGCGCUUGGAGGAGCAGCUAAAACAGUACAGAUCCAAACGUCAUCAGCAGAGGUCCACUCCUAAAAGCCGUCCCUCAAGCACUUUGGAUCCUGAACUUAUGUUCAAUCCAGAUCAUCUUCCUCGGGCAAGCACUGUUGCAAUGACUAAGGAGUAUUCCUUCUUGCGCACAAGUGUCCCACGGGGACCAAAACUGGGUAGCCUGGGUCUCCUUUCAUCUUCGAAUGAGAAGAAAUCUUCCAAAUUAUCAAAGUCUUCCAGCAAGAUACGUUCAUUAGCAGAUUAUCGUAUAGAAUCUUCAGAUCCGGACAAUAACAGUGUAGGCUAUUCAGAUUCCUCCCCUGGUUCACUGAAGUCCAACAGAGGAAGCCUGACCUCUGUGGUGUCGGAAAUUAGUAUGGAAGGAGGACAGCGACCAGACAGUACAAUAUGUAUUCCUGACACUAGCUCCGAAUUGGAUGGAAGUGAUUUGGGAAUUAGACUGGAUGGAAAUGAGAGUGAUAGCUCUACUCAAAGCAGUGUCUCUGCUGGACAAGGAGCUUACCUGAUUGCUGCGUCUCCCAGAAAGGAAGAGGAAUACAUUGUGAAUGGUCAAAGCGUGGCUCUAGAGGAUGUGGGACAAUAUCCUUCACUAAGAGAUGUCUUACAAGCUGCUGCUGCAGAGCAACAUGCUCUAGAACCUGAGGGAAAUGGGGAACCUAGAAGCAGAAGAGACAGCAUUUCAAGCAGUGUGUCUAUGGAGAGCUCUAUUGCUGGGACUCAUGAUGAAGUACUUCAGGUCAUCAAGGAAAAGAUGAGACUGGAAGGACAGCUGGAGUCACUAACAGCAGAAGCCAGCCAGGCUUUGAAAGAAAAGACUGAGCUACAGGCCCAACUGGCAGCAGUAAGUACCAGACUUCAAGCUGAGGUUGCUGAAAGCUUGGCCAGCCAGCAGAAGCAAGGCUCUCUGAAUUCAGAAGUUGUAGCUUUGAAGAAGUCAUGCUUAGACCUAGAGAGGGCCAUGGCAGAUCUUCAGAACAGCUUGGAGGCAAAGAAUGGCAGCUUGGCUUCAUUAAGCAAUGACUUGCAAGUUGCAGAAGAACAGUAUCAGAGACUGAUGAGCAAAGUAGAGGAAUUGCAGAGAACAAUUAUUCAGAAGGAUAAUAUUGUUCAUGAUUUGCGACAACAGACGGUAUCACUACAGUAUCAAUUACAGCAGGUGCAACUGGACCGUACUACACUAACAAACAAGCUUAAAGCUUCAAAAGCAGAAAUCUCCUCUCUGCAGCAGACACGUGAGUGGUACCAACAGCAGCUUACAAUGGCUCAAGAAGCACGGGUCCGACUCCAGAGUGAGAUGGCAAACAUACAGGCUGGACAGAUGACACAGGCUGGAGUUUUGGAGCACCUAAAAAUAGAGAAUGUGACCCUCUCACAUCAACUGACAGAGACCCAGCACAGGACAAUCAAAGAAAAGGAGCGCAUUGCUACACAACUCCAGAGUAUUGAGGCUGACAUGUUGGAUCAGGAGGCUGCAUUCCAACAGAUACAAGAAGCAAAGAGCAUGGUGGAAGAGGACCUUCAUAGAAAACUGGAGGAAUUUGAGCAGGAUAGAGAGCAGCUGCAGAAACUAGCAGACUCUGCUAGUACUUUAGAACGUGAAGUAGAGCAGAUGAAGCUGAAUUUGCACCAGAAAGACCUACAACUUGAAGCUCUCCAACAAGAACACCUAGAGAUCUUGAGGCAUCUUACUUCGACCCAAGAAAGCCUUCACAACAAAGACCAGUCCCUAAGUGAUCUCCAAAUGCGAUAUGAUGAGCUUGAUGCCAGGCUUAUGGAACUCCAAAAUGAAGUAUCUUCUAAAGAUGAUUCCAUCCAGUAUCUUCAAAAUCAAAAGAUUGUUCUGGAAGUAGCCUUACAAGCUGCUAAGGUGGAGCAAGAUGAACUAGAUCAAGGAGCCAAACUAUUGGAAGAGGGAACUGAAACUGCCGGAGAAAUCCUGGAAAAACUUCGACAGGAUCUUUUGAUCAAAUCUGGACAGGUUGAAACCCUGCAGCAAGAGAAUACUAAUCUCAAGAAACAGACCCAGAAAGUGAAAGAACAAUUUGUACAACAGAAGGUUAUGGUAGAAGCAUAUCGCAGAGAUGCCAGCUCCAAGGAUCAACUCAUCAGUGAGCUGAAAACCACCAAGAAAAAGCUAGAUUCAGAGGUGAAAGAGCUAAGACGAGAGAUGCUAAAGCUUCACAGUGACAAAUCAGCAGCAGAUUUGGAACAGGCUCGGAUUAUAAAGGAAAUGUCUAAAUUGCAGCAACAAGUGGAAGAGCUUGAAUCCCAUCUUCAGGCUGCACAGAAUGACAGAGAUGAUAUGGAAAUUCGCUUACAGUCUAUGCAGUUCGACAAAGAUCAGAUAAAUGUUCUAACUCAAGACAACACUGCACUAAGAGAACAAGUAGAGCUGUUACAAAAUGAAGCCAAAAAAGCAAUCACAGAGCAAAAGCAAAGAAUGAAGCGACUGGGUUCAGACCUGUCCAGUGCUCAGAAAGAUAUUAAAGUCAAACACAAAGCAUAUGAGAAUGCAGUGGGUAUCCUGAGUCGCCGUCUCCAGGAAGCACUGACUGCGAAAGAGACUGCGGAAGCUGAGCUCAAUAAGCUUAAAGCACAAAUCUCAGAAGGAGGGGACAGUCAAGCCUUUCAGGAAAAACUAAAAGGUUUGAAAAGUGAACUGCAGGCUGUAAGCCAUAGUAAGGCAAUGUUGGAGCGUGAGCUACAAGAGAUCAUAUCGUUGACCAGCCAGGAACUGGAGGAGUAUCGUGAGAAGGUUAUGGAGCUGGAGGAUGAGCUCCAAGAAUCUCGUGGAUUUAAGCGAAAGAUUAAACGAUUGGAAGAACUAAACAAGAAGCUGACUCUAGAAUUAGAACAUGAACGAGGAAAGCUUACUGGGCUUGGACAGUCCAAUUCUGCUCUACGUGAACACAGCAAUAUCCUUGAGGUUGCUCUAGCAAAAAGAGAGGCAGACUUGGUCCAACUAAACUUGCAGGUACAAGCAGUACUGAAACGUAAAGAAGAGGAAGAUCGUCACAUGAGAGACCUAGUACAGAGUCUGCAGGAUGCCUUGGAGAAAGAGAGAGCAAAAGUCAGCAGUUUGGCAGAGCAGGUAGCUACUGCUAAAGCAGAGGCUGCACACAACAGAAGGCAUUACAGAGCUGCGGCUCUUGAGUUGAGUGAGAUUAAGAAAGAGCUUCAGGCAAAGGAACGGCUGAUUCAGGCACUGCAGGCUGAGGCUGAAAAAUUGCAAUCCCGGGAUGAGUCACAUUCUCAGGAGCUGUCACAGUUCCAGCAGGAGUUGGCUGAAGCCCGAUCUCAGUUAGUAUUCCUCCAAAAGGAACUGGAUGAAAAUCUCAGCAAGAAGCCACAAAUCAGUCAGGAGGUGGAAGAUCUGAAGUGGGAGGUGGAACAGAAGGAGCAUGAGAUUCAGUCGUUGAAGCAACAGUUGGACAUGACUGAGCAACGUAGCCAUAGAGAAUUGGAGAAUGCUCAGAUACUGCUCCAGAAUCUCAAGGCUGAACUUGAAGUUGUCCGUGAGGAUCUCACAAUGACCCAAAAGGAUAAGUUCAUGCUGCAGGCAAAGGUGACUGAGCUAAAGAACAGCAUGAAGACAUUGCUACAGCAGAACCAGCAAUUAAAAGUAGAUAUUCGACAAAACCGACCUAAAAAGCGGAAAGAGUUGAAAGGAGAUGUUACUUCUUCCAAUCCUGUAACGCCAGUUAAGAUACCAGACUGUCCUGUACCAGCUUCACUACUGGAAGAGCUCCUAAAACCUACAUCUGCUAUCAGCAAAGAGCCUCUGAAAAACCUAAACAGCUGUCUCCACCAACUGAAGCAGGAAAUGGACAGUCUCCAGCGGCAAAUGGAAGAGCACACCAUAACUGUACAUGAAUCUAUGACUUCAUGGAACCACAUUGAGGGACAACUACAGAACUUCCCAGUACCUGCUGCACAAGUCUUGACCAGUGCAAGUUUCCCUCUGGAGAACCAAAACUUCAAUAACAAUGAUCCAGAAAGAAUAGAGCAGUGACCAUUGACUGUUCUGAUCUAUUAUGGAUAUUUACUUAUCAUGGAAGGAAGGAUUUCAGUGUGUAUUCCUGCCUUACUACCAGAAACUGUAUGCAUAGCAAAAAAACACACCGCACAAGACUAUUCCCUUUAAACACCUGGUAAUUCAGUGUCUAAAAGCGGAAACAUAGUAUUUAACAUCCAAGGACAAAACCAUAUUAGGUGGUAUUGAGAUGGUGGAAACUAGAUAUAUUCUUCAUCCCUACAGAAUAAUUGUGCUGCUGGAGUCACUCAUAUAAAACAGUUGAAAUUAAGGAUAUAGUUACAGUACUUAGUUUACUUUUCAAGGGCAUAUUCUGAUUAAAAUAUUUUGCUUGUG